AAUGGGAAAGAAAAAAGAUAUAAAAAAGAAGUCUAAAAAAACACGUGUGAAAUCAAAAGUAGUUAAACCAAAACUGCCUUUACCACCUCCACCACCACCUCCAUCACCACCACCAUCACAAGGUGAGUUCAUAUGGAUUCAUAUUGGACAAACUGGUGUUCAAGUAGGAUUAGCAUGCUGGGAAUUGUUUUGUCUUGAACAUGGAAUCAAUCUAGAUGGAACAGUUAGAGAACUAACUACAAAUUCUACAUCAAUGUUUUCUUUAUCCCAAGAAAAUUCCUAUGUACCUAGGGCUUUGAUUGUAGACACUGAACCUUCAGUUAUAGAUGUUUUGAAACGUGAACGUUUCCAAAAGUUGUUUUCUGAUGAGAAUAUGAUAUCUGGGAAAGAAAGUGCAGCGAGUAACUAUGCUGUUGGUUUUUAUGGAGUUGGCAAGAUACUUGCAUCAAAAGUUAUGGAUCAACUGGCGCGUUUAGCAGAAGAUUGUAACUCAUUACAGGGUAUUGCUGUAAUUAGAUCAAUAAGUGGUGGUACUGGCUCUGGAAUGGGUUCAAGGAUCAUUGAAACUAUUAAAAACACAUAUCCCAACAAAACAAUUAUUGACUUAAACAUUUGCUCUUCAUCAGAGUUUUCAAAUAUUAUUGUGGAACCAUAUAACACUGCCUUAGCAACUCAUCAUGUCUUAGAUUUAGUCAAUUGUUCUUUACUCUUUGAUAACAAGUCAAUCUAUGAUAUAUGUGGUUCUAAAUUAGAUGUACUUACACCUACUUAUACAAACAUAAAUAGUAUUGUAGCACUAGUUACAUCAGGAAUUACUUCAUCACUCCGUUUUGAGGGUUCAAUGACAAGUAAUAUUUCUAAGUUGUUAAGCGAUCUAAUACCUCAGCCCCGAUUGCAUUUUCCAUUAAUUUCAUAUGCUCCCAUCACAAACUGUGUCGGAAGUAUUUCAUCAUCUUGUACACAAUCAGCUGUAAUGAGCUUUGACAGUGAUUAUCAAAUGAUCAAAAUUGAUCCUACACUAGGCAAAUAUUUGUCAAUCUGUAUGAUGUUCCGGGGGAAUUUAAGACCAACUAACAUCAAUACAACCAUUGCUUUUCUUCAAAGAGAUCAUUCUAUUCCUGUGACACCGAAUCUGAACUCUCCACUGUUCAAGUUUGGGCUAUGCAAUCUACUUCCUAUUACUGUGCCAGAUAGUGGAAUAUUGGCGGCCUCUACAGCAACAACAACAUUGUGUAACAAUACAGUUAUUAAGCAGUAUUGGAUGAACACAAUGAAGAAUUAUAGUAAAUUGUUGACCAAAAGAGUAUUUUUACAUCAUUAUACGGUAGAGGGCAUGGAUGAAGCAACUUUUGAUAUAACCAAUGGAAAUAUUUUAAAAUUAAUAGCAGAAUAUGAAGAAAUUGAAAAUUCUCAAUAUUUGAAUAAAGUUGCUUUGUAA